CAGAUGGUUGCCUCAACAUAUCUGCUGAGGACCCAUAAAUCACUUAAGCUGAUUGGGAGUCGGGAACUCUUUGACAUUCUACCACAUUGUCUGUUGUGGAGGCAGGAUGGCCCAAGACUGGGAAGAACUUUCUGUUAUGAGUCCUGCCUUGGACCAUUUUAUAUGGUGGGCAGAUCAGACAGACUGCACAAGGACAUACCUCACAAGACUGCAAAAGAAAAGGUUGCUCAAGUCUCACAAAGGACUAGCCAUAAGAUGAUAGAUAGCUGCGGACCCUGCCUGUCGUCAGACUCUUCAGGAUCCAAUGCAAAUAAACAUCUCUUCUACUCGCCUGUCAUCCUCGGCAUAUUCCGUCCUCCUGCAGCAGGCACAAGCACAAACCACUAAAGCAUUUGUUCACUCAUCACACAGCACGAUUAAAACCACUUCACAGGGACGUCUGAUAAAUCCUGUGCCAUCAAAGGAUUCAGAAUUCAGUAAGUGCCUGAUGCCAAUGAAACAAACAAACAAAAACCAAAGCUUUAUCGACAAAGAAAAGGCAGACCUUACAGUCGGCAGUAAGAUUCAGGAGAGAUGUUAUUCCAUAAUUAGGGAUGGGUUUCACAAGGACUUGUUAUUUCGAUUGUCAAGGUCGGCGAACAAGCUCUGGACUCCACAUCUAGAAGGCUGGAAUUGUUUUGGACAGUUAACGCAUCAGACCCGAGGUUGUCAUAGCGGUGUCCCGCGGCAGGCUGCCCAGAUGGACUGCUUGUCUCCUGAAAACGAGGCACGCUGCAGGCAGAGGCUAGAACCCAACUCCGCGUUGUAUGAGAAAGGAGAGAGGGAAAGAGCUGGGCGGCUGUGCUGGGUGUGUCUGUGCACUGUGGGGGGAGAGCCCUCCUUUUCCUCUUUUACACUUAGAUCCAGCAAACUCAAGGGAAGGCACAAGGGUGACGUCAGUUUCGCAGGUGGAAAACGAGACCCGUCGGACAGAAGUGUUGACACGGCUUUGCGAGAAGCUCGUGAGGAGCUUGGUAUAGCGGUGGGAGAAGAUCGGGUUUGGGGUGUGCUCAAACCGCUCCGUGACAUGUCUGGAAUGAUGAUCGCUCCAGUUCUGGCUAAUCUUGGGCCUUUGGAAGCUCUGUCAUUCAAACCCAACCCUAGCGAGGUGGAGGAGAUCUUUACCCUCACGCUAGCUCACGUAUGCAAUCCUCACAACAAGGGCUACACUCACUUCCGCACCGGUGAUCGCUACGGUUACACGCUGCCCGUGUUCCGUAAUGGAAAACAUCGCGUGUGGGGUCUAACGGCGGUCGCCUUGGACCACACGCUCAAACUCAUUGUGCCACAUUAG